AUGCAUGAUACGGAUCGUGGUAUAUCGAAUAAUUUUGGGCGUUUUCAACAGGAUUGUCUCUACUACUACGAGAGGACUGGCUAUGUUAAUACGUUAGUGCCUUAUUGUGUUCGAUCAAAUAUAAGUUUUAGGGAAAUUUCAACAAAGGUGAUAAACGGCAUCCCUCUUAAAUUUGGUACGUUAAAGGAAAUGAAUGUGAAAAGUGAAAAUUUAUUUGAUUGGUAUGCCCCUAUUGAUAGUAUUGAACAAUAUCAAGUAUAUAUCGAGUCAAAUAAUAAAACUGCAUCGGAAAUAUUCUAUUAUAAUUGUACACAACCGUGGUUUGGUUCAUACUGUCAAUAUACGUUUAAUUCAUCUGAAACAUUUAAUCACAUUGUGUCUCGUAGAUUUUCAAACAAAGGAGAUGAUCCUGAAAAAAUUCUUGCAGUUACAAAUGGUACAUGUUACAAUGGAUUUGAAUGUAAUCGUUCAUCAUGCUUAGACUGGAGAGAAAUAUGUGAUGGGAAAAUUGAUUGCUUGAAUGGUGAAGAUGAACAAAGCUUUUGUUUUGAACUUGAAACAAAUGAAUGCAAAAAAGGAGAAUAUCGUUGUCAAAAUGGCAUGUGUGUACCGGAAAAUUUUUUUUACGACACAUUCGGUAAAGACUGUAUGGACGGAACAGACGAAGUAGUAAAUUACGGUGAUAAGAACCGAUUUUGUUAUGAAGAUCCAUCAAUCUACUGUGAAGAAUUUUUAUCACCUCGUUUUCAGUUUCCAUGUGGAGAUGGCCAAUAUACGAGUCAACCAUAUAAAUUUAGCGGAUUGUAUAAUACUUUAUCAUACUGUGCAAAUGUCCGAGAUAUUCUUCAUUUACAUGGUCUGUUAACUAGAUCAGAUGAUAAUGAAACUGAUAUGAUAUCUGUGUUAUGUGAAAAUUAUGUUUCAUGUAUAGUUGGAUUUAGAGAGGAUUGUGAAUCAAUCAAUUACAUUGAAUUAAUUUCAAAUGAGUGUCCAUCAAUAUUUCUUUUUCCAUCGAACCCAAUACUCUCAUAUUCUUUUCGUUUUGUCUAUCAAUCAAACAAAACAAACUGGCUAACAAAUAUUGCACCAAAUUACAUAUGUUAUGAUGAAUAUUGGUGUAACGAAACAUAUCCCAUAACAAUACGGUUGUUCAAUAAUUCAUCAUCAUGUAGAAAAUUUAAUGAAUUUGUUCAACUGAAUGAAACAUAUAAGAAAUGGGGUCAUUUACUUGAUAAUAUUCAAAAUCUGUUCAAAGCAUGUUCAUCUCCCGGUUACAUCAACUGUAGUUCUCAUCCAUCAUUAUUCUCUUGUAAUGGUUCAUCAUCAAAGUGUAUCUCAAAACAUCGUCUAUCAAACGGAAUUAAUGAUUGUAUAAACGGUAUUGAUGAAAUCUCCGAUGGAACGUGUUCAUUGAAUUUAACACAUAGAUUUAAAUGUCAAACAAGCGAACGAUGCAUACCAAGAAUGUUAUUACUUAAUAAGUUUACAGAUUGUCCCGAUAGAUCGGAUGAAUAUCUUUUGCAAAACUGUAUCCCUGAAGAUACAGCUAGUUGUAGACAAAUUCGAGGUGAAAUAACAUCAACAGAUGAUUCAAUGUUGUUUCAAAAACUAUGUAAUGGUAUUGUUGAAUUAUUUAAUGGAGAAAAUAAUGAAACAGAUGAAAGUAAUUGUGCUGAUAUUUGGCCUACAUGUUUAACAAGAUACACAAUCUGCGAUAAUAUUUGGAAUUGUGAGAAAGGUAUAGAUGAACUAAAUUGUUUAUAUAAACCAUAUAAAUGUGAAAGUCAAGAUCAACAUUAUUGUGCAUUAGCAAAUAAAACAGAAUUAAGUUGUAUAUCAUUGGACAUAGUUAAUGAUGGUAAAAUUGAUUGUUUAGGCUCAACAGAUGAAAGAGAAUAUUGUAGAAGCGAAUAUCCAAGUAAUCCAUAUCAGCGAUAUCGUUGUUUAAAUGAUACAUUAUGUAUAAGUCCAUUACAAUUGUGCGAUUCUAAACAAGAUUGUCUAUAUGGUGAUGAUGAAAUAUUAAUUUGUCCAUUGUUGAGUAAUCUUCUUUCGGUGAUAAUCGAUAUUCCCGUCAACAUGCAAAUCGAUAGUGAAAGUUGUUAUGGAAAUAUAUUUUGUGAUCUCAUUGAUAUACCAAAUUUCAAAUAUCCGUCAACAAAAAAUCUUGCUGAAUAUCCUGCUCGUAACAGCGAAGAUGGUAUAAAAGCGUUAGUAGAAACAAAAACGUCUUUGUCAAUAAUACACAAUGAGAGUGCUGCUAUGUCAGAACAAUCAUUAUCUAAAACUAGCACGGACAACGAUGAAAAUACUUAUCGAAUAUCAUGGUAUUGUAAUCGUGGAAUUCUGACUCAUACUUCGUUUAAUAUUGACUAUUGUCUAUGUCCUCCCAGCUACUAUGGCGAUCGUUGUCAAUAUCAAAGUGAGCGUUUAAGUGUUAUUAUUCAACUUUAUAAGCUAAUUUCAUUUGAACCAAAUAUUGUAUUCAAAUUACUAGUUACAUUAAUUGAAAAUGAGUCAUAUGAAAUAAUUUCUUACGAAGAAGUUUUCUUCGCGCGACCUGUAGACUGUUUUGUAAAGCAUGCGUUUUAUUUACUGUAUCGUCAUGAACGAAAUAAGAUUAAAUAUAAUUAUUCUGUACAUAUUGAUGCUUACAGUGUAACAAUAUUCAAAAUUGAAUACCAAUCAUCUUGGUUGUUCGAAAUUCCAUUUGGUUUUCUUCCUGUUAACCGUUUAGCAGCUGAACUCGCAAUUCUGGACCAUAGACUCGAAAACAAUUUACAAUGUAAUGAGUUGAAUUGUGGUGUCAAUGGUUAUUGCAACCAGUAUAUGAAUUCGGAACGUCGUUUUUGUCGGUGUAAAGAAGGUUGGUCGGGUAAAUUGUGCAACGAGAGUGUACAGUGUCAAUGUGCGCGCGGAUCUGUUUGUGUUAAUUCAAUAUGUGUUUGCCCGUCAGGAAAAAUUGGUCGAUUAUGUCAUGUACCAUUUCAGCCGUGUGAAAAGGUUACAUGUAAAAAUGGCGGAACAUGCGUAAUAAUAAGUGAUGAACGAUCACUAACACCAUAUACGUGUGUUUGUAAACUAGGUUAUCACGGUAUACAUUGUCAGGAAUACUCAGCCCGUAUACACAUAUCAUUUACUGAUGUAACAAUUCCAUCUGCUAUUGCUCUACGUGGCAUUUUUGUUCCUCAUGAACUUGAUAAUGGUCCACACAAUCAGGGUUCCAAGGUCAUACGCAUUGCACCAUAUCAAAAGAAUAUAAUCGGGUACUUUUCACACCGGCUUCUAUUUCAUAUUAUCUUUUUACAAACUAUUGAUAAUCAAAAUGAUCAUUACCUUAUCGCGCUAUCUAAGCCUGCAAUACUAAAGGAAUUAUCAACAAAAGUUAUUCAAGAAAAUCGUUGUCAGAAUAUUCCUAAAAUAUUUAAUAAUACAGUUAUGUCUAUGGCUAAAAUGAAUAGAAUGAAAUAUUAUCAUCUAGCAUGUCAACAACAUCAACCAUUGCGAUGUUUCUUUGAUGAAAUGUUAAUGUGUUUAUGUACUAAAGAAAAACUGGCUGACUGCUUUCAUUUUGAAAAUGCUUUAGACGGUUGUAAUGGUACAAGUUAUUGUCAAAACAAUGGAAAAUGUAUAAAACAGAGUACACAAUGUCCAACAAUGUCUAUUUGUAUCUGUGAAGAGUGUUAUUAUGGAAAUUUAUGUCAAUUUACAACGUCUGGUUAUGUUUUAUCGUUAGACGCUAUUAUUGGUUUAAAUAUUCAACAAGGCGUUAAAGUCAAAAAUCAAAUAUUUAUUAUUAAACUAACUGUGAUUCUAGUUGUAAUUAUAUUCACAUUUGGUUUAAUAUUUAAUCUAUUAUCAAUUGUAACAUUUUGUCAAUCAACUGUUCUUGACAAUGGAUGUAACUUAUACUUACUUUAUUCUUCAAUCAUAUGUUUAUUCAGUGUAUGUAUACUUGGAGCAAAAUUAGUCUAUUUAUUGACAACACAAAUUAAUUUAUAUCCAAAUCGAACAAUUGCUCAUAUUAGUUGUAUUUUGAUUGAAUUUUUAUUAAGAGUUUUACCAACAAUAAAUGAAUGGUUAAAUGCCUGUGUAGCUAUUGAACGCGCUCUUAUAGCUACUAUCGGUAUGAAACAUAAUAAAGUAUCCAGCAAACGGCGGGCAAAAUUUCUGAUAACUUUAGUAAUAACUGUCGCUGUAAUUACGUCAAUACAUGAUCCAGUUAAUCGUCGAUUAAUUGAUGAUCAAAAUGAUGAUAUAGCAUCCAUAUGGUGUGUAGCUAGUUAUGAUCAAAAGUGGCUUAAAAUGUACAAUUCAGCAGUGAAUUUCAUUCAUUUUAUCUUCCCAUUUGGUAUUAACAUAAUAUCUGCUAUUUAUAUUAUAAUUCAAACAACUCGUAAACGAUCAAACACAAAAGCCGAACCGAAUCUGGUUCUAAAAACAAUGUUUCGUGAACAUCAACACCUUCUUAUUAGUUCAUUUGCACUUUUUCUAUUAGCAUUACCACGUUUAAUUAUAUCAUUUAUAUUUGUUUGUAUAACGCCAAGAGAACCAUACUUGUAUUUAAUUGGUUAUCUAAUAUCAUUUAUGCCGCAAAUAAUUAUAUUCUUCAUAUUUAUACUACCAUCAAGUAGAUACAAAACACAAUUCGAUUUAAUUACUCAACAUGUACGAACAAAGACAACACGAAUGAUAGCAAGUAUAUAUGAGUGA